UUUUAGUUGAAAAAUGUUGCAAAGAGCUGCAAGCAAUGCCUACUCAUGGUGGUGGGCAAGCCACAUUAGAACCAAGCAAUCAAAAUGGCUCGAGCAAAGUCUUCAAGAUAUGGAGGAGAAAGUGCACAUGAUUCUCAAACUCAUUGAACAAGAUGGAGAUUCAUUUGCCAAAAGAGCUCAAAUGUACUACAAUGAAAGACCCGAGUUACUCAGCUUCGUCCAAGAAUCAUUCCGAGCCUAUCGAGCCUUAGCCGAGAGAUACGAUCACAUCUCAACCGAAUUACAAAAUGCCAACAACACCAUCGCUCAAGUCUUCCCCGAACGAGUCCAAUUCGAGAUGGAAGACGACGACGAUGACUAUGGCUCUGCUCCUCCUCCUCGAGGACCCCCUCCAAAACCGAUGCCUCCCCAAACCCCUCCUCCUAACAUCCCCAAGGUUCCUCCUCCUAAAGCACCCAUACGUAACUUAAAAGGCGUCAUAACCUCUGCCUCAAGCCACUUGAAGGCUAAAAAGAUGGUCAAGGCCAUAAAAAACGCCGGCACUCACGCCAAAGCCAUCUCGGGCAUGACCAAAACGCAAGCCAUCGUUGAGGUGGACAAACUUCAAAAGGAGAUAUUGUCUUUGCAGACCACCAAGGAGUUUAUCAAAAGCUCUUACGAAAGCGGAGUAGCCAAGUUUUGGGACAUCGAGAAACAGAUUGAAGAAAAACAAGGGAAGAUAACGCUCUUGCAAGAUGAGUUUUCCGUUAGCAAGGUCAUCGACGACGACGAAGCACGGAGUCUCAUGGCUGAAGCCGCGCUUAAGUCCUGCUUGGAUUCAUUGACUCGCAUGGAAGAGAAACAAGAGAAGUCCGUACAGGAUAUUCAAAUCGAACACGCACGAGUCCAGGACGCUCGCAAGAAGAUCAACUCUCUCAAAUACGAAUUACUCGACGAUCAAACAUGCCAAGAACAACAAAAGGAUGAGGUGAAGGAUCCAAUCAUUCCUCAACCCUCAAUACCGAAAACGGAGGAGCUAGGAGAGAAGUUUGAGAUAAGCUGCAAAUCAGCCGUAACGGUAUCUGAACUAGCGGAGAACAUCGACGAGCUAGUCGAGAAGGUGAUCGGCUUAGAGAAUUCAGUUUCUUCUCAAGCCUCUCUUAUAGUGAAUCUAAGAAGAGAAACAGAUGAACUUCAAUCUCAAAUUAACAACUUGGAAGGUGAUAAGGCAAACCUGAUUAACGACAAGAAGACACUCGUACACAAGAUCAAGAAAAUGGAGGCAAGGUUGCGUAGGGUGCAAGAACUUACCAAGAAUGCUGAAGAUAAGAAACGCCAACUGGAUACUAAUUUCAAUGAAGCUCAUUCUAACCUAGAUCACUUAGCAGAUGAGGUACAUAACGUGGAGCCCGAUAAAGAAGAGCCCGAUGACACACAAUCACCCGAUCAAGAUCAAGUACUACAGCCGCCGAACAAAGAAGAAAAAGGUCAAUCUUCUUCAGCCACCACCAAUAAAGGAGAAAGUGGAGAGAAAUCUAAAGCAGUUGUGUCAAAAGAUCAACAAGAAGAGGAGGAGGAAGAAGAGGAAGAAGAAAAAGAAAGCAAAUCUAAAACUGGGCUGCACGAAAGAGAAACCGUUCUGCUGAAUGAUUACAAAGCCAUCCUUCAUAAGUACGAGGAUGUCAAGAACAAGAUGUGUGAAUUAGAGAAGGUAGGCUUAUCGCAGGUGAAAGAAUUAAGAGGAGCAGUUUUCAAGAGGGAUGAAGAGAUCAAAAGCUUAAGGCACAGAAUCUACAUUCUACAAACAAAUUCAGACAAAAGCAAUAGCAAUGGAGAACAACAACCACGGGAGCCAAACGAGACUCAAUCAAAUCCAUUCACAAUGAAAGAUGAAGAUUUCAUAAACUGGAUAGUCACAAAUGAACAAAGUGAGUCAAUGUCACCAGUUGAAGAAAAGAUUCGUAUGGACAUUGACGCAUUACUGGAUGAGAAUUUGGAUUUCUGGUUAAGGUUCAGCACCCAGUUCCACCAAAUACAGAAAUUCAAAACAGCAUUCCAAGAUCUACAAGCCGAGGUGUCAAAACUUAAGGAGAAAGAGGAAGCAGCAAUCGCACUUGAAAAGGAAAAAGAAAAGGAGAAGGAGAAGGAGAAAGACAGAGACAAGUCAUCAAGUAAAGAAGGAAGCACUAGAUCUAAAGACAAGGACAAGUCAAACAGAGAAGGAAGCACUAAAUCCAAAGACAGAGAUAAGUCGAACAAGGAGGGAAGUACUACCUCAAAGGACAAAGAUAAAUCGAACAAAGAAGGAAGUACUACAUCAAGGGACAGAGAGAAGACAACUAAAGAGGAAAGCACUACAUCAAAAGAAACAGAUACUACUACUAAUAACAAUAAUAUAUCUAACGAAACUACAACAGACAAGCCAAGUAGAGAAGGAACUACUAGAAUAGAUGCCAAGGAUAUCCGACCAAUAUAUAAGCACAUGAGAGAGAUACAAACAGAACUAACCCUUUGGGCAGAGCAAAGUGAAUCCUUGAAAGAUGAGAUGGGUCGAAGGUUCUCAUCUUUGUGCGACAUUCAGGAUGAAAUAACUGAAGCCUUGAAUGCCUGCGUGGUUGAGGAAGAGAUUAAGUUUACUAGUCACCAAGCUGCAAAGUUCCAAGGUGAGGUUCUGAACAUGAAACAAGAAAAUAAUAGAGUCAAAGAAGAAUUAUUAGCAGGUCUGGAUCAUGUUACUGCACUCCUACUUGAAAUUGAGUCCACAAUGGAGCAAUUAGACGAUGACUAUGCGAUUUCAGGGCCAAGGAACUCUACACAAUUGUCUAAUUCACCAAAUCGUUCACGUGUCCCUCUACGAUCCUUCAUCUUUGGAACUAAACCCAAGAAAAAACAUUCAAUCUUCUCCCUCCAUAAGAAGAUUGACGUGAGAAAAUCUGUAAUCCAAUUGUAAAAAAUUCCAGUGAUGUAUUUACUUCUUUUUUUCGGUUUGUUCUAUUUGUUGCUUUUAGUAAAGAGAUAGAAGACAAUGUUUUUCAGAGACUUUUUCUUACCUGUAUGCCAAGCAGGAGUUUUGUAUAUGUACGCGCCCAAAGAAUACUUAACAUCGCAGGAAUAGUAAUUAUGAUGAAUAAAAUUGCAUCAAAGA